GGGUUAGAUCCAAUUAACAGUUGUUAGGAUGGGUUGUAGACUUGUAGGGGAGAAUGGAAAUAAAGAAGAGAAAAAGGGGGACUCAAAAAGAAAAGAAAGUGUCAGAUGGGGAAAAAGUAAGGCAAAAUACCCAAAUCCACCCCCCAACUAUAGGGGCAGGGACGGAUCCACACCCGAACAAAAAACGGGGACAAAUACACUCACAAAUUUUUCGACUUGAACAAAUAACUCAUUAUUUGACGGGCCACGUCAGCUGCCGUCAUCUUCCCGUUAAUGGCGUGCUUACUCAGACAUUUUAAACAUGGUGGAGGUUUUUGUGCCUGCGUGGAUGCUGAACUGGCCCAUUCCCGCCCAUUUUAAUCAUACGUGGUGAUUUUUCUUCCCUUUUCAUUACACGUCAACUGGGCCCCACCUAUAAAAUUCCAUAAAACCCUUAAAUGGCUAAAACCUAACUUAUUUCUAUGUCUUCCCUUUUCCUUCCCUCUUCUCUUCUCUUGCAAUCUAAAAUCAUGGGUUAGGGUUUCUCUUUAUCCUCUAAAUCUAGGUUAGGAAAAGCUAAUUCUAUGGCAUCUUCCUCUAAUUCUCGAUCAUCAGGACUUGAAGCUUCUUCUGGGGUGAGGGAUUUUGGGUUGAUUGAGCACACAUACGAAGGGCGUCAGAUGUUCUGCGAGUGUGGAUUAAAGGCACCGAGGUGGACUUCAUGGAGACCAUGGAGCAUUGGUAGACGCUUUUAUGGGUGCCCAAACUUCUUGAAUGCUGAUUUGAGGUGUGCAUACUUUGUUUGGCAUGACUUUGAACUAACAAUUGAGAGAGCUACUGAGCUUUUAAAAUUGUUGAUUAACGAGAAAAAGUGUAUGAGUAACGAAAUUGCAGCUUUGAAAAGGCAAUUAAAACAAAGAAAGUUGGGUGGAACUGUACCUGUGUUAGAUGAGUCACCUGUAUUGGUUGAGUCAAGCCAUGCCACAUCAAGUGCUAACCUGUAAGAAUAUGGCCAAAGAAAUGGAGUUGAAUUGGAGGAAAUUAUACAAAAUACCGUGUCAAGAGCUGUUGAUGAUGUGAAGAGAAAGAUGGAUGCCUCAGUUUCAGCCUCUGUCCAUCCUGAAAUUAGGAAAUUAAUCUGUACUUCUGUACUAGCUUUGGGGGUUGGGUUUGUAUUGGUUAUGUUCAGUUGGUUCUUAUUUUGAGAUCCUUGCUGUAAGGUGUAUGGGGUGUCAUAUUUUGUUUGUUUGUUGGGGGCAUGGCAUAUUCUGCUUAGUUGUAAGAACAUUUUGGUCAUGUCCAAGCUUGGCAGUAAUCAAAUGUAAUUGACUUU